UUGAAAAAUGGAUACUCUUUCGUCACCUCACAAAAACGAGAAACAAAAUCAUAUAUAAUGAGAAAGACACAACAACAUGAUGUGAAAAUGAAUGAAUGUUGAUGAACAUGAACAAGAGGUGGUGGUGCAAAACACGGUGGUAGUAGUAGAUACAAGAGGACGAAAAAUCUUCAAUUUCAACCCAACACUGAAUUGAGUCAACCCACCAAUUUUCAUUUCCCAGAUGCAGAUUCUCUCCAAAGCUUCAACUGCCAUGGCCACCUUCCCUUGUUCUAGGAUGAGAACUGGGUUUAGCGUGUGGCCGGAUGUGAGACAGCUUUGCUUUAGAAAAGACUUUCUAUACGGAUUUAUGAGGUUCUUUUCUACUCCGUUGAAAACACUGCGUGGGGGAGCUAGUCGCUCGCUCAGAGUGGCUCGGUUUUGCAGUGUUGCAAAUAUGUCUUCCUCGUUGCAGAUUGAAUUGGUACCUUGCCUGAGGGACAAUUAUGCAUAUCUUUUACAUGAUGUGGAUACGGGUACAGUUGGUGUUGUUGACCCUUCUGAAGCUGUGCCUAUCAUAGAUGCGUUGAGCAGGACAAAACGAAAUUUGACAUACAUACUCAACACCCACCACCAUCAUGAUCACACUGGUGGAAAUGUGGAAUUGAAAGAAAAAUAUGGAGCAAAGGUAAUUGGUUCGGGAGCUGACAAGGAAAGGAUCCCUGGGAUUGAUAUCUAUUUGAAUGAUGGUGAUAAGUGGAUGUUUGCUGGCCAUGAGGUGCAUGUAAUGGACACGCCUGGUCACACCCGAGGCCACAUUAGCUUCUACUUUCCUGGAUUUGGGGCAAUUUUUACAGGAGACACUUUGUUUAGCUUAUCAUGUGGCAAGCUCUUUGAAGGAACCCCAGAACAGAUGCUAUCUUCUCUAAGCAAGAUCAUGUCUUUGCCAGAAGCUACAAGUGUAUACUGUGGACACGAAUACACAUUGAGUAAUACAAAGUUUGCACUGUCUAUCGAACCUGAAAACAAGGAACUUCAAGCUUAUGCUGCUCAUGUAGCUUCCCUUAGAAAUAAAGGCUUACCCACGAUUCCAACCACGCUGAAGAUGGAAAAGGCUUGUAAUCCAUUCCUCCGUACAUCCAGUGCACAAAUCCGGCAAUCCUUAAAGAUUGCAGCCACAGCAGAUGAUAUAGAAGCCCUGGCUAUCAUACGGCAAGCAAAAGAUAAUUUUUAAAUUUUUUUAUUUAAAAGUGUAAAGAGACUUGUGGCAUGUUUGGAUUAGCUUCUAAUAACCCAGAAUCAAUUCAGAUGCGCAGAUGCUUCUUCCCUUAAUUGAUUUUGGUUAUAGAAUCAAUUGUAGAAGGGUUUCCAAAUAUGCACUUCUUUUGUAUAGAGUAGGUCAAUGAUCCAUCAUGGAACAUUGUUAUGCUUGAUGCUAUCUUCUCAAUACGGUUUAUGAAUUUUGGUUUUGAGUUCAUUUGGAAGUUAUUUUAGUGAACUAGAUAAAGAAUGUGUGGUUUGUUGGCAAGAUGGGGUUCAAAAUUUGAAUGGAUGUAUAUGGAAGAUCCUUGGUUUAUUGGUGCUUGAGAGAUUUGUCACUUGAGGAUUAUUAAUCCUUUUUGGUUC